CCACUUUCCAAUCUCGAAAGAACAACUACAAAUCGCUUGCAUCACAACAUCAAACCAAAUGAUAGAUAUUUAAGCGCGAUUUAGCGCAUUUCUAAUCACUCACGUGCGUAGAUCACGUGAAUCCUAGUGACAAUACAUUCUCUUACCAUCAACUGCCUCUAGUGACGAUCAAUCGUCAUGAAUCUCAAUCUCUCUGGCACUAUUAACAUCUUUAAGCUGUUCCUAAAGCCGUCGCUGUGUCUCCCCCACGUAUCCGUUUCCACGUUCAAUGAAAUACCGAGUCCACUCGAGAAGGCCUUUGAGGGCCAGGGUAGGAAACCUAACAUUAAGGCGGUAGUAUUGGAUAAGGACGAUUGUUUUGCAUACCCUGAUACCAAUGAAAUAUAUCCUUCCUAUGCUGAGCGAUUUCGACAACUUCGGAAGGAAUAUCCCGGCCGCCGUCUCCUAAUCGUAUCUAAUACCGCUGGUGCAACUACCUAUGAUCGGGAUGGAACCCUAGCGAAGGAGCUGGAGAAAGCUACCGAUAUCUCGGUUCUAGCUCAUCGAAUCAAGAAACCUGGAUGUGGUGAUGAGAUCAUGGCUCAUUUUAGAUCUCAUCCCGAGGUCGGCGUCACUCACCCGAGCCAGGUUGCCAUCAUUGGGGAUAGGUUAAUGACCGACAUGAUGUUGGCAAAUGCGAUGGGCAGUUGGGGUCUAUGGAUCAAAGAUGGCGUCAAACCGUUACACGAGAAGAGUAUCUUUUCUAGGUUCGAGCAGCGGCUUGGCCCAUUCCUGAUGGCACGCGGUUAUCAACCUCCUAACCCUCAGAGUCCCUUUGAAUGACCCAAUUGAUAUGAAGUCACAACGAAUUCGGGGAGAUAGUUCCGUAUAUGAAUAUGUCCCUAGAUAGAGUGGCUGGACAAGGUGGGAAUAAUACAGGUAUGCUACAUUUAAUACAAGAUUGCCCGUCUGCCUUCUCCAACCUCCAAAACACGAGCUGUGAGUACGCGUAGCU